ACCUUGCCGAAAAAUGUUCUCUUGAUUCAUUUAGCAAGUUCAACACGCCCAAAAUAUGUUUUAUUAUCAAGCUUCACCAAACCGGAUAACCACGGUCUCGCAAAGCGGUCGCACAUUUGUCAGUCCGAGGAGACAAGAUGUUGAAUUGCAGUCCAUGGGCUCUUCUGCCUCCCAUCUACUCUGUGUGCAUAGCUACUGGGCUGUGGGCAGCAUACUUUACAGCUGUCAAGCUCGAAAAGAUAGCACCCCUGGGCUCAGAAUACAGGAAAGGAAAUGGAUCCCUUUAUCCUCCAUACAUGAGUAUGGCAGGCAGCUUUCCACCAGCCAGCUGCAUCUUCAGUGAGUUCAUGAACCUGGCAGCAUUUGGGGGGUUCAUUAUUGCCGUCCUAAGAUACAUUCAGUUGAAACGCACGAUAGACAAACCAUGGUUGAAUGUGGUCAGUCUGGUGGUUUUCUCUAUUGGCUGCUUUGGAAUGACACUUGUAGGAAACGUCCAGUUAUUCAAUCACAAGAUAACUCACAACCUGGGCGCCGUUUUGACAUUUGGACUGGGAACAGUCUUCUGCUGGAUGCAGUCCUACAUCACCCUGAGAGUUAACCUGAGGAAUGAGGGGAGGAUGGUUGCUCUCAUUCGUUUCCUGUUGUCUGGAUCCAUCACUGUCUGCACAAUACUCUAUUUCUCCCUGUUGUCUAAGCGCCUGCACAUGCAGUCAGCUCAAAGCCAGUGGGCUCUGGCCAUGUUCUUCCUCAUCUUCUUCAGCACUUUUGCCGUAGAGUUUCGUUACAAGCGCUUCAACAUAGUGUGGGCAGACAUCUCCGAGCCUCCCGUCAGCAUGUCAGAUGCCCACUCUGAAGAGUCCAGGCACAAGCUGGACAAGUAAUAGGGAUGUUACACUGGGUCAUGUUUACUGAUCCCCAGGUUCAACUGCAUGAGACGCAUGUAUCAGCAACUUUUAGAUGCAUUUACUCCCUUUACCCCUGUCAUGUAUUAUGCUUGUUUAUUUGAAUGUUACAUAUUUUACAUAUCUACAAGCAUGUAAAGUGACAAUGACAUAGAAUCUGGUCAGCUUAUCAGUUAUUGUUUUUAUCUCUAAAGAAGGUUUACUUGGGAAACUAGCUUUACACUUCUGCUCAGGCUUUAUAGACUUCUAGAUAAUUUGAUUAACCUUUCAGAUGCUUUAGUUUUGGGGAACUGUGUGAAUCUAUGAAUGCUAUGAUGCAUAUUUGCACAGUAAGAAAUCAGUAUCAAUAAAAAGCUUAAACUGUG